UGCGCGCGACGACAAAUUUUUAUCCCCAGGGGGGGUGGCAAUCUGGCAAUCUUAUCGGCUCAUCAUUCACGCGAGCGGAGUAAACAAAAUACAAGAUGGCGGAUAAGAAGAAGCAUGGAAAACACUCUAAAAAUGAAGAAGAAUCCAUAAAACUACCUAAAAAAACAGAUUUGUCAGAUGUUAAAAAUAAGAUACUCAGAAGUGAGUUAUACAGAAAAGAAAAACAGUUAAAGAACAAGGAAAAAAGAAAAAGAAGGGAGAAAAGAAAAAGGGAAAAAGAUGAUGGAGAGGAAGAAAAGGAACCACCGCAGCAGAAAACUUUGGAUAACAUGAGAGUCAAAGAUGAAACUAUGGUAGAUUUAGACGACGAAGAAAUAAUGCAAGAUGCUGCUACUGAUGAAUUUGCAUCAUAUUUUGAGGGAAAAACUGUGCCCAAAGUGCUCUUUACUACAUGUAACAGACCACGAAGUCACGAAACAAUGUUAUUCAUCGAAGAUCUGUUGCAAGUAGUGCCCAAUUCAGAGUAUAGGAAUAGAAAAGGUAUUGAUCUGAAGAAAAUUAUACCCGAUGCUGUCACGCGCGGUUUCACAGCCAUCGUAGUUGUGAAUGAAGACCAAAAAAAAGCUAACGGGUUAGUAAUAUCUCACUUACCCGAUGGACCAACUGCUCAUUUCAAACUGACUUCUAUACGUCGAAGCAAAGAUAUAAAGAACCAUGGUCGUGUUACUAGUCACAAACCAGAAUUAAUACUCAACAAUUUUAAUACGCGUCUUGGACACUCUGUGGGUCGUUUGCUAGCUGCUGUUUUUCCCUAUGAUCCACAGUUUCAAGGGAGAAGAGCUGUGACCUUCCAUAAUCAAAGAGAUUUUAUAUUCUUUCGACAUCAUAGGUAUAUAUUUAAGAAUUCCAAGAAAACAGGGCUGCAAGAGCUCGGUCCGCGUUUCACAUUGAAGAUGCGUUCAUUGCAAAAGGGAACUUUCAAUUCGAAAUUUGGUGAAUAUGAAUGGAUACAUAAGAGAAAAGAAAUGGAUACAAGUCGACGAAAAUUCCAUUUGUGAAGCGUACUUUAAUGGCUAUUAAAUCUUACUUUUGUCACUGAUUUUUAACGUAUGAAAACGGAUUUCUCCGUGGAAACCAGUCUCUCAGAGGAAAAGGUUUUGAUAAAUGGUUGGCUCUGACGCUGAAAAUUGAUUGAAAAUUGAACGUAGUUAUAAGAACAAAAAACUGAAAGAUUGUAGUUUUAUAUUAAAAACUUUAUAUUAAAAAUUAGACUGCUUGUUUUGAA